UCUCAAUAGUGGCAUUCUCUGGUCGUUUGCGCUGGCAGCAACUGCGACCUUUUUUCUCCCCGGCAGAGCUCAUCAUGCCCGUUCAAACCAGUCCCCCGUUGCUCCCGGAUUCCUUCCCCUCCUUGAUGUCGGUGUUUGGUGAAGAAUCACCCACCCCCAUUGCAAACAAGGCGCCCCCCGCAGAUGUCAACCCCCUCAGACUUCCCAUUCAUGUCACCGUCAACAACCCCUUCCGACGUCCCCUCCCGUUCCAGCACCGCGAGAGCAUCUCGUCCAUGACCUCCGGUUCGACCGAUUCGUCCCCCACCACCACCGUUUCUACCUUUGAUUCCCCGAUUGCGCCGGAUCCCUCCCCAAGCUCGUCCCCAGAAUCCCCAUCGUCAAUGCCGCUGUCCUACUCCACCUUCAUGCCGAUCGCGCCGAACAAUCUGUCCCCCAUGGCAUCGGCACUUCCGAUGCCACAGCGCGCCACUUCUCCCGGGCGCCGCGCCCGCAACCUCAAGAACCUGUCGCUGAGGAUGCCUCCGCCGUUCAACUCCUCGCGGAGGAUGGAAACGAAUCCCCAACCCCAUUUGUCGGCCCCCGCCUCUCCGGUCCACAUGCCGGUCAAGGGGAUGCGACGAAAACCCGCGGGUCUCACCAUUCGCACGCCCGGGUUAGAUCGGCCAUUCUCCCCCAAUAUUCCGGACCUGGCGCCACAGACCCCCCAUGGUCGACUGUCGUUGCGACACACCGAAUCCUCUCCCUCGCUAACCUCCGUCUUCUCCCCUUCGUUCGGUCCCAAGGGCGGCAUGCAACUCCCCCAGCAUGGGUACCGACGUGCCUCCGCGACGGCAGAGGAUAAUACCCUCUCUCCGGUACAGUCCGUGGGGGAUGAGGCCGCCGCCCCGGCUUUGCACAAAUUGGCCGAAGAGGAUGAUCAUCUGGAUUCUCGGGAGUCGACGCGACGCAGCGAGCGUGGUUACCCCAAUGGACCCAUUCGCAUUUAUGAUUCGGGCGUAUUUCUCUAUCUAGAGCCCACCAAGGCAGAAGCCGCGCUGUUCGAUGUGGUGGUGAAUGUGGCCAAGGAGGUUGCGAAUCCCUUCGAUCCCUCAUGCGAUGCCUCGCAAACGGUGAUGAGCACUUGGCGCAAUGGAACCUCCCCCGCCCGGCCGCUGUCGUGCUCCACCCCGUUUACAGCCUUUUCGGAUGCGUCCUUUAAAUCCGCGUUGGAAUAUCCCCCGAGCGCAACCUCCUCCUCGCCCGCCACCCCCCGGAACGAGCCUGCCGCACCCGAAUAUGUGCAUGUUGGCUGGGACCACAAUUCGGAAAUUCUCGAUGAUCUCCCCCCACUUUGCGAGUUGAUCGAUACCCGCAUUUCGCAGGGGAAGAGGGUCCUGGUGCACUGUCAGCUCGGUGCAAGCCGCUCCGCUUCCCUCGUCAUUGCCUAUGGAUUGUAUAAAAACAGACACUUGGACUUCAACUCCAUGUACGAGAUGGUCAAGGCCCGGAGUCAGUGGGUUUCGCCCAAUAUGAGCCUCAUCUAUCAACUGACGGACUUCCGCUCCCGCCUCCUUCGUGAGAGUUCUUCCCGGCCGUCGUCCCAGGAGUGGUAUGCCCAAGGACCACGCCGCAGUUCCGAGCCGCAAACCCCGGUUUCCGGCCGCCUCAACGCCCAGGAGAAUCUGGGGCCUUUCGGCAGCAGCGGCUCGGAUCCUGAACCAACGUCAUCCAACGGGCUGUCGCAGGCCUCGAUGCAUUCCAGCUCUCUCUCGGUCCCCUGGACGAAUCGCACCACAACCCCCAUCGCGGCUCCCCGUUCAGGGGUGGUUUCAAAUUCGCUUUCGCAUAAGCGGAGCCUAUCCCCCCGUCCGUUGGCUUUACGCCAGAGCUUCUUUUCUCCCGAAGCUGGCAAGUGCUUUGUGCGACCGGACAUUAUUACCUCUGCAUCCCUUGCGGAGGGCGGGCCUUGUUUGUCCAAGCGAGAUGUUUUCAUGAAGGAGGACCCCGAUGAGUCCCUGGCUCUCUUUUCGCCUCGGACGACGGGAUUCCUAGCCUCGAAGCGUCCCCGUCCAAUGUCGGGCAUCCUUGAAGACAUCCCACCUGCGGACCUCGCAUGCCAGCCUCCAAUCGCAGAUCCCCGGUCCCCUCCCCAGGGACACGAGCGACUGAUUAUGAGAAAUAUUGAUGAAUUUUUGUGA